CAGAGCCUGUGGUUUCGGCCGCGCAGCCAAAGCUGUGUGAGAACCCAGUGGAUGCUGGAUUUAUCCCCGCCGCCGCCACUGCUGCCGCUGCUGUUUCUCAGGGGCUGCCAGAGUAUGGACUAUUAAAAACUUGCAUUUCUGCAGUGUGAGGUAAUAUUUUGACACCAACAUGGGAAAGCAAAACAGCAAGCUACGCCCUGAAGUCAUGCAAGAUUUGCUAGAAAGUACAGACUUUACAGAACACGAGAUCCAGGAGUGGUACAAGGGCUUCUUGAGAGACUGCCCAAGUGGACACUUAUCCAUGGAGGAGUUUAAAAAAAUCUAUGGGAACUUUUUCCCUUAUGGGGACGCUUCUAAGUUUGCGGAACAUGUAUUCCGCACUUUUGAUGCCAAUGGAGACGGAACAAUAGAUUUCAGAGAAUUCAUCAUAGCCUUGAGCGUAACAUCGAGAGGUAAACUGGAGCAGAAGCUGAAGUGGGCAUUCAGCAUGUAUGAUCUCGAUGGGAACGGCUACAUCAGUAAGUCAGAGAUGCUGGAAAUUGUGCAGGCAAUCUAUAAGAUGGUUUCUUCUGUAAUGAAGAUGCCGGAAGAUGAGUCGACCCCAGAGAAAAGGACAGAGAAGAUCUUCCGCCAGAUGGACACCAACCGUGAUGGAAAACUCUCCCUAGAAGAGUUCAUCCGAGGCGCCAAGAGUGACCCAUCAAUAGUGCGACUCCUGCAGUGUGAUCCCAGCAGCGCCGGGCAAUUCUGAACACACUCUUUGGAUGAAUUAUGUAUCUGCUUUUUUUUUUUCCUUGCCAAACAACAUUCAUGGUAGUGUUGCCUCUGUAUGGCCAAUUAUGCCUUCUUUUGUGGCAUCUUAUAGCUUCUUUUGUUGUGGAUUAAUUAUAAGAAUGCUGAAUUGCUCUUAACGAUUUGUCCAGAGCACGAGCAGUACUGUUUUAAACAGAUAUUGUGGUGUUAUCGUUGUUUUAAAGAUUUUUUUUUUUAACAUGUCUGUUUUGGAAAGUACACUUGAGAAGGACAAAACCAACAACAAAUCCUUGGCAACAAGACAUAAUGACAGGUUUUGGGUUGCUGCUUUAGUAGCUGAGUAUUCACCCAGAGGACCUGAAAGUGUAGCAGAGAUUGAAGCAAAAGGGUUGUGAUGGGGUAGGACUCUCCUGGGAUCUCCUCUCCUGUCCAGGAGGCACCAGUGAAGCUCAAAGACAGGAUGUCUAAUGUGCACAACUGGUGAGGGCUGCACUGUCUGCACCCCUGUACCUAAGCUUCAAUGUUUCAAUGCUGUGAACAUUUUCAAGGUUGUGAAGGAGGAGGAGGAAAAAAAAAUGCAAUCAACAGUUUUUACUUGGUUUACAGCGGCUGAUUUCACAUGGCUUUAUCUGAAAAUCCAGCAAUUUGCAGUUCUGAUCCCAAAAUCCACAACUGACGAUACCUCUUGCCAUUUGGGGUCAGCAAAGGCAGGCAUGGAUAUUGAAAACUGGGUAUUGACAAUGAAUUUAAGGGAGAUACAUGUUGAAUGUGAAAUUUUCAGGUUAGUAAUAAAGUAGUUUCUGCUAAGGAGAGCGGGCAUUCAGCCAAGGAGAUGAUGUACACCUGCAAGCGGCUAGAACCGAAGCAAACCAGCUAUUUGUUCUUGUGUAGUACGACAUUCUGGGGGUGUUUUUGUCUCUCUCCACAUAGCUAAUGCAGUUUCCAGGCCUGCUCCUGGGGGAAGGCUGACAUCAAAACUUGUUUUAAGUAUAAAAUUGUAGCAUUUAUAUUUCCUUUAUUUUAGUCAAGUUCAAAAGUCUGUACUAAAACAAGGAAAUGGUACGCUUUAUGGUAUAUUUAUAUAUAUAAAAAUUAAAACGGAAAAAAAAAAAAAAAAGAUCAGCUCUGAAAGAAAUGUUGAAUGUUUAUCUUUUCGCCUAGAUGCAGGAGUUCUGAAAUUUGCUGCUGCAAACCUUUAUCCUUCCGUCAGAGUUGCUGCUUUCCAAGCUAGGAUGCAGACAUGGGAUUUCUUGGUAACUGUACAAGUGCUGCUGCAACAGAAAGGCUUUAGUGGCUGGAGGCAUUAUGCUGACUAAAUUGGCGUUAAUCUGUCAUUAGCUAAAGGCUGCUCUGUGAUCCUGCUGGUGAGGUGUUCAUGUGGGCAAUGCGCAGCCAUGGGGCCCGUGAGCUUGGAAGUGUGACCUCUGCCUGACAGGCAAGGUUGGUGUCUCGUCAAGUGACCUUGUAGAUGCUAAUCCCCAGUAGCCUUAAUUUAAAAUAAACUAAGUAAAAUAAGUCUGCUUUCCAGAUGCUGAUUCACUAAGUACUAACUAGAAGUCAUGAAAAAGUAGCAGAGCGUGAAUAAUUUUUUGUUGAACACUAGGUAGCAUGUACAAUUAAGAGAGAAGAAAUUCCUAGGCUUAAUUUCUCAUUAUCAUUUGCUUUGCCAGAUUUAAUAUGCAAAGCAUAUUAAAAUAAAAUGAAAAUACAUUAAAACUUGCAUCGUUAAUCAGUCGUACUAAAAUGAUGGUGAGUGGCUAAUUGCACUCAGUAAAUAUCUUCAGGCGCACACCUUUGUCUCAAAUGCCUGCAGAAAGCCAGCUGAAAGUUUAUUCCCGUGAAACUAAUUAAAAUCCUGAGCAGAGGUGUGUGGGGGAAAGUGAGAAGGUAGAAGAGGCCCAGGCACACAGGUGCACAGACAUGAACAGAUUGUAGUACUUAGCACUUCAGCUGUUACAAGCAUCACAGGCACAUUUUGCACCGAUUCUUACAGUUGAUGAAAGUGUUUCUUAGCUCCUGCUCCCUGACCCUCAUCAGAUAUCCUGUGAACAAAUCUCACCCUGCAAAGGAGAACCUGAGCCUGCCUUUCCCUAGGAGAAACCUGUGUCCGUCACCUCCCCACCGCUGCCACCAGCAGAGAUGCUACAGAGCAGCUCCAGGCUCAGUGCAGGCCUCCAGCUCCAGAGCAGCCCAGGCCCACAACAGCUGGCUUUUACUGGGGAUGAAUUUGAAAAUGUGACUGAAACUUUUAAAAAUUUGCCUCUUAUUUCAGUGUCAGCAUUCCAUCUCUUUUCAGUUUUAUGAGACAUUUCUGGCCCAGAACCUCAUCGCAGUUUGAUUUUCUUGGUAGCUUUGAGAUUUCACAUGUUGAUGCUGUACGCUGCGUGUGUGAGAGCACAGCCUGCGGUGUGACCGGAGGCCAGUGGAGAUGCACUUCUUUGCACAGUUCACAAGGUCUGGAACAGUGGGAGUUGGCCUACAGCUGCAGAGAGCUUAGCUGGAGAUAAAAGUAUUGUAUAAACAUUUACAGAAUUAACUAAGGUUAUUCUUUUACCUGACCACUGCUGUUGAUCGGUAUUGUUUUAAAUUAUUAACUAUCCCUUUCUUUCCCUGCCUCUGCAUGUACUUGCAAAUUGAGCAGUAGCUGAAUUGGUUAUGGGAGCAUCUGCAGGCCUCAGAGCAGCAAAGCUGCAGUGCUGCACAUUGCGUCGGGGCUUUCUGCUUUGCUGCCAUUAACAUUUGCAGUCGUUACUGCUUUCAUAACCCUUUUGAAAACAAAAUGACAUAUCCCAUAUGAAAUAACACAGCAAGACAGAUGCCUUCAAGAGAUCAGUUAAAAAUACUUCUGUACGGGAAGGCUAGCAGACUGUAUGUGCUAUUGCAUGUCACCUCUCAGUUUUGUAGAUGCAUUCUCUAAUAGUACUUGUGUAUGGAAAAGGUAACCCUCACUUGUGCAUCAUCCUAAUGAAUUGAUGAGUACUUCCAGCCUAUAGACUUCAUCCACAGGAAAAACACCAGUCCCAAUUUUCCAGCAUUCCCAGCUUGCCAGGUUCUGGGCCAGAAGAUGCCAAGCAAAGUCCGUGGCUUGUGUUAUUUGCAACCCUUGUAAAACCAGCACGCAUGUGUUGUUGUGAGCACUUAUAGCUUGAGAGGGGCCAAGGAAAGAUCUGUUUUGACAUUAUUUGGAGACCUUUGAGUUCAAAGCAGUGAAUGUUCCUGAGAUAAUGGUGCUGUGCUGUUCCUCUUAGGAGCUUUUAGGACUUUUGCGUUAUUGCUGAGCAUUUUGUCCUGUGUUGUUCUCUGCUAGAAAGCAUGAUGUCUCCAUUUUCAGGACACUGCGGCUUAAAAUACUAAGCCAGAAGUGAAUGGCUUCUGUGGCUGGAAGAGGUCUGUGUGCAGAAGCAGUGCCUGGGGGCACACAGUGUGCUCACCCAUCCCCAGUCCCCAGGUUUAAUAUCUGCCCCAUGAGCUGAGCCCGAGUCUGUGCCCUCCUCGCUGAUGGAAAACGUGCAGUGCUGUGGCUUAGCCUGGUUUUCUUGUACCGCAGACUAAGCUAGUCGUAUUACCUUGCAUUUGCUGUGGGCUGAAAGCACAUGCAUGGGCAGAAACCUGGGCUGAGCUGACUCAUGGAAACUCAGUGAGCAUCAGUAACCUGAUGUCAAGCCCUAAUCCACAGACUGAGCUGAGAUGAGAGUGUGGCUGUUGGCCACACACCGCUCGGUACAUGUGAGCGGGGCAGCACGGUGACAAGUGGCAGGUCCCUGCGGACACGUGGCUGUGGGAAGGGAACCCCUAUACGUAGCAGUGUGGCACAGUUGGGAUAAAGGGGGCAUCCUCUUGAAGUCUCCUUUUGAAGCCUGUUGUAGGGGUGCGAAGCAAAGCAAGCUGACGGAGGGCUGCAUGAGACCUGUCCCCAGUGCCACCGUGCCAGCACCUCCUUGUGUCACCCCCACGGUGCUCCUCAGGUUUCAUGCAACCAAGCAGCCUUCGGGCUCAGGAAUUAGCUGUCCAGGAACCGGUGCAAGGUCAGUGGAGAAGAAUGUUCUUCCUGCCGUUUGCACAAACGUUCAGCUGCAUUCGCUGCUGUGUGUCAUACUGGGUGCGAUCUCAUGUAGGAGUCUGGAAGCAGGGAAAGGCAGUUUCCUUGGUAUUGUGGGCAGAACUUGCGCUCAGAAACACAGAGAAACUUGGCAAGCGCCAGGCAGCUGAGCAGGGCUGAGUUUUCCACUGACUGUGCAGCAGGCAGAUAGGGUACAAAGCAGCAGCAUGCCAGCCCUGCAGCUCUGAGGUAGGGUUAACUGAGCAGCUCUGUCGUGUGCAUGCAGUCAGAGGUGCUAGCAAAAUCCUCUUCAAAUACCUUUAGCACAAACGUGCAGCUACAGAAGCAGGGUAGCUCUGCUCUUCCUUGCAUAGCAGCAGCUGAGCUGUUCACCGAGCCCCAGUUAGGAAACGCCAUAUGCUCCUCCUGGGAGCUGUUGGUUCCAAUUCUAAGUAUAGCUGUGGGCAAACCUUUCCUGCUGGAGCUUUCCUCUCGGUCAUGGCAGACAAGGGGAAACUCCAUUUAACUCUCAGAACCAGGGUGACAGUCUACAGGCGAGUGAAGGUGAGAACAGCUGUUUCAGGUGUGUUGAGGAAAAAAGGGGCUGUAGAUUGAUGCGGAAGGCAGUGACACUAGGAACUGGAACCAUCACUGGAGUAAUGGUUAGAUCCUUCUUGCACUGAGAAGAGCAAAAUGAUGUCAGAUGUGAAGGGACCUCCUCAUCCCUUGCAGAACCCAUCUCCGGCUAUGCUGGGUGCCUCAAUUAGCAGCAUCCCUUGCUCCAGCCUCGUUCUUGUUGCUGUUGGUUCCAAACUGUCCACACCAAGAUAGCUAUUGUUUCAGGGAUUGGGAUUUUCACAGGAUGAGAAAUGUUCUCCAUACCUUAACCAGAACCAGCCAGGCAGGCCAGAUGUGAGAGGCUUCUGGGAAUGCACAGGUCAUAUUUCCUCAUGGCUCCCACAGGUCGUUAUUUAAUAUGUAGUUGGAAUCAAAAUAUCACCUGUAAAAUGUUGGGUAGUGCACAAGAAGCAAGGAAAAAAAAAAGAAUUUGGGUUGUAGCGAGCAACGUGCAAAGACGAGAGCAAUGACAGUGAGUUGCAUCACUACCUUUAGACCAGGGUCUGAAUCCCAGGGUGGAGCUCCCCAUUAGCUACGGGUAGCACAGAAGAGCUCCUCUGCCCCUUCCAGCCUGCGGGACCUCCUGGGCAUGCUGAAGCUGGGGAUGUGGGGUCUGGGGCAUAAAGAUGUCAUCUGGCCACCCUUCCCAUUGCGUUCACUUGCUGCACGGCUGAGACACAACUGACAUCCUCCCCUCUUGCUCUGACCUGGUAGCAGAGAUGCUCCCACCCCCCUGGGCAGGCACUCAGGCUCUCCAAGCUUUGCCCCAUCUCCCGGCUGCCAUCCCCACUCUCUCUCUACAAAUGAGUAACAAACACAGGCCCAUGGCAGCCACAAGAGCCAGGCUUAACUCAGAUAGAAUGGCUUCUGUUUGGUUCCCAGCCUUUGGCCCUCCUGCAUGCACCUUGCCAACCACACUAUUUAUUUACUCUUAUAAAGUAGUGGUGGUAUUAAACAUUUCAAGAACAUGCUGCACCUCCGGAACAAUGUGGUUCUCAUUACUGUUGAUGUGUUUGCUGAGGCACUGCAGGCUGAACCUGACCGGUGAUUGCUUUCUGCUCGCAUGGUUUAUUCCACAGAGGGCUGAUUUCUCCCAGCAGGAACAGUGUCUUCCCAUGCGUCACCGUGCAGCAUGCGGCGCCCUGAUGCUGCCUGGAGCGUCCAGAUGCUGUGGUCAAAGAGAUAAUUUUGGCAAAAUAGAGUAAGGUUAGGCGGAAACUCUUCCUGCUGCCUGUCCAAAGCACAUAUCAAGGGUGCGACCUCUGCUCCUCUCCUCGCCAGGACAGGGUCUGAGUGGUAUUCAGGGCUGGCCUCGCAUUCCCCCACUGAAGGGGAUGAUGGCGAUUAGUAAACCCACCUGAGAAAAUCCUCUUAAAUUCUUAUCUUCGAUUGUGUUGUUAAUUGGCUGCACUCAGAGGGAAGAUUAAUGGAUCCCACAUGGCUGUCUGGGGGAGAACUCAGAGUUCCUUGCCACCAGCACCACCUUUUCAUUCCCUGUCAUUAACAUCUUCCUGUUUCCAGGACAACCAAGCAGUUUUUAUUAGGAUCUGAAAGAAAUGGCUAACAAACAGCCCCCCCAAACCAAAGCAAACCAACCCCCAGAGUUUCAAUGUGAUAAGGGUCUGAGGGAGCUCACUAAUGCCAUUGUGCAGCACGUUAGCCAUCGGAGCGCCCUACAAGAUCACAUUUCUUUGGCAUUUUCUAGUUGAUUACCUUAUUCACGUUUCGCUUGUUUUCUUGCUUUAAUGUUAAUUUUGGAACCUCUCCGAUUCAGCCCUGCCAUCGCUCAGCCCCAACACCGGCAGAAGCCCCGGUGCCAGAGCACUACGAGCAAGGUGGGCUCGCAGUGCCUGCUAAAAAUGAAGUGCUUAAUGAAGUUAGGGAUUAUUUUCGUUGGCACGUUUCCUGCAAGAAGACUGAGUUGCAUUUCAAUAUGCUUAUUUCUACCACUCACUCACUCCAAUUCCAUCCACACACUCUGGUAUUUUCUAUUUGUGUACUCAGUGCUAUUUUGCACCUGAACCCAAGGUGACCGCUGUGCGUACCUUCUGACAGAAGCACUCAAUCUUUUGAUUUUUAAACAUUGCUCACUGGAUGACAUAAUAGAUGGAAAACAAAAUAGUUAUGGAUUUGACUGCAUACAUUUGGGCAAAUAAUUCUGAUGCUGUAGAGGCUAAUGAGUGGCCAAUAGCUGAAUGAGUCCAAGUGUCCCAUUCCCAUUGAGUCCAUGACCAUUCCAUGGGAAGAGCUUUCUCACCAGUGCCCCCAGGCUGUUCCUGCACCGCGGCUUAGAGCAGAGGCACCAAACCCAACUUUAAACAAGCUGCCACGGGCAGACUCACUGCAGCAGCACUCAGUUCAGCACAUCCUGUGUCAUGGCAAAAUCAGAUACCUCUCUAGAAGAAUUCUUUGUAAGCAAACCUACAUAUCCUAAGAAAGACUUUUGCAACUCAGAAAGGAGAGGGACAACUAUGAGUUAAAUGAAUUUGGUUUGCAUCGUUUUCUUAUGGCUGUCUCAAACUGUUUGUGUCCCGCACACGGUUGCUGAUAGCUAUCAUGAUGUUCUAACUUUCCUCCCCACUUCUGUUGUGUUUUCCUGCGGUGAUGUUCUGAGACUCCAGCCAGUGCUCACCGUGCAGCACUGCUGAAGGGACACCCGGUGGGGGUGCCUGCAGGAAGGCUGCGGGCAGCGUGUGGGGUUUGUCUCUGUGCUGUUGCAUGCUGUAGGAACGUGUGCUCGUGGUGACGCGCGAACCCCACCCUCACAAGGAGAGCAGAUGACCAAGUCAUAGGAGGAGACCGUGUGGCAGAAGGUCGUGUCUGUGUCUGUGGCCCAGCACGCGCCCCGUCCCCGCUGCUCGUUCACAGCUAGGGCUUGUCUGAAUUCUUAGUGUCACAGUAAAGUCUUCUUAUGCUGAAAUGUAUUUUGUAUCAUGCAACUUCCUCAGAAAAGCACCCAAAAGAUGAUCUCUCUCUGACUGCCCUCUCCUCUCGAGAAGCUCUUCUCUUCUGUACAUAUGAUAUGCAGAAUGUAUGGAAGUCUUUCUAGCGUUGGUUUGCAUUUUUAAGACUGUACUAAUUAACGUGUGAUACUAUUGUGUUUUUGUAGUGGCAUCUUUGAUGUAAGAUGUAAAAACUAUUGAAAAUGAUUUUUUUUUGUUCUCGUUUGGCUUUUAGAGCUAGCACCAAGGACUGCAUGCUCGCUAGGAUCAGCCUUUCCAAGGGCCAUAGCUGCACACAGCGCCGUUGUUUGACGUGGAGUGUAGUACCGCGUUCUCAUUUUCACAGGGGUCAGUUCUGAGCAGAAACUUCCCGAGAAGCCUGCGCUUCUGGCUUUCUCUCUCUCUCAGACUCAAGCUUGUGUCAUGGGCACAUGGCGGUCCCCAGCCCUUGUCCCUCUCGGCAGUGCCCAGUCCCACUGUCUCCACCUCCAGUUGGGUUGCUGCUGCUGGCUGCAUCGGGACAACAGUCAGGACUAAAAUCGCAACGUAGUUAAAUAUUAGCCUGAGCUGCAAGUGUGAGGUCAGCAUCCCAUUGGGGCGUUUAACAUAAAGAGAGUCUGGGGUCAGUCCCUACAGGAUGGGGCCAUCUGAGGGCUCUGAUCCACAUUUCUGGGCAGGCUCGGAGGGCCUCGCGCCCAUCCUGCAGGCAGGCCUGGCUCUGAGAGAGACACUUCUCCUGAUCGUGUCCCGGGCCAAAAGGCGAGAUGUGCUGCAGCUUACCGAUCCCUUUUCCUUUCUUUUUUAACUUUUUGAAGGAGAAAGCAGCUCAGACUGCACCUGACAAAGUGACUGACUUCAAAAGCAUGUUUUUCCUCAUUAUAUAGACACUCACAAAACAGCAUCGUGUGGUUAAAAGGCGCGUUUGUGAUAGUUUCUUUUUCAGUGCCAAAAUAUAUAAGCAGUAUUGUUCGAAGGGAAAUAAUAAGAAUUUUUUUACUGUAUUGUUAUUACUGUUGAACAAAUAUUGUUUUUAAAUGUUAGAUUUUGAAGAAUUUUGUAUUGUAAACUGUUUUGUGACAUGGUGCUUUUUCAUACUGGAAUUAUUGAUUGCACCUAAAUAUGAAUUAUUUUGUUUUCUUAUAUAAAUAUGUAACCUUGAACAAUCUUGAAGACAACCAGUGUACGGUGGAUACUGAAGGUUCACGCAAAUUCUCCUACUGAAAUCCCCUAAAUGUUCUUUCCUACUAAUAAAUAUUCUGCUGCAGCCA